AUGUCCAGCGGCGGACACCAUUAUAUCUUCAAGUACAUCAUCGUAGGCGACUCUGCGGUCGGAAAGUCCUGCCUCUUGUUGAGGUUCGUUGAACAGAAGUUUAUCCCUCUGCAUGAUGUAACAGUGGGAGUGGAGUUUUGCAACAAGACCCUUCAGGUGCCCUCGAAAGAUGGCUCUGAAAAGACCGUCAAGGUGCAGAUUUGGGACACUGCAGGCCAGGAGCAGUUUCGUUCCAUAACAAGAAGCUAUUACAGAGGAGCGGCCGGCGCUCUUCUCGUUUAUGACGUCACGAACAGGAGUAGCUUUGAAGCCCUUGAGGGUUGGCUUAAGGACAUGCUCGCCGGGGUGGGCAUGGAAGCCAGUCCGAACGGCGUUAGCGGCAUGGUUAUUAUGUUAGUGGGAAACAAGACAGAUCUCGAGCACAAGAGGAAAGUCUCGAAGGAAGAGGGCGAGCAGUUUGCCCGUGACCACGGCCUUCUCUUCAUCGAAACCUCAGCAAAAGACGACCUGAACGUCUCGGAGAGCUUUAACGAGACGGCGCGGACCAUUCUUGAGAAAGUGGAAACAGGGGAGAUCGACUGCGUCUCUAAGGAUAGUGGGGUGAAGGCAGGGGCUCUCAAUAUGAGCGCUGCAGCGACCACUGCCUCGUCCACUGACAGCACAUUUGGAAAUUGCUCCUGUUGA